AUGGAGCCGCCUGGUUUUCCCCCCUCCAGGAGCGGGAAGACGCCAGCAGCAGAGGAAGGAGGAAGCGGCGGAGGAGGAAGAUGCAGCCGCCACUGCCCGGUGCAGCCCGAGGAGCAGGCGCUGCCAGGCACCUCAGCCCCGGAGGAGGAGGAGGAGGACCGGGCCAGGAGGCCGCCCGCUUGCCAGGAGGAGGAGGCGGCACUUGGGGCCGACCAGCCCUGGGGACGCCAUGGGGCUGUUCAUCAGGAGCUGCAGCCAGGAAGCCUGGAGGAGGCAGGCUGGGUCUUCUGCCAGAUCUGCCACAAGGACCUCUCUGCCAUGAACUCCCUCCGGAGGGAGCAGCAUGUCAACAGGUGCCUGGAUGACCUGGAGGGCCCCCUUUCUGCCCCCCCUGCCAGGGGCCCAGUUGUUCCCGAGUGCCCCAUCUGCGGAAAGGGCUUCAGCUCCCUCAGGAGCCGGGGCAGCCACUUGAAGCGCUGCGCAGCCAGGAUGGAGGUCCCCCCCACGCUGCUCCUUCAGGCGGUGCGGCAGCAGCAGCAGCAGACCUCGCUCCUUGGCCUCCCAGCCGCCCAGAGACCGACCUCUCCUGCCCCGUCCAGUGGGUCCAAGCGAAAAGGCGCCUCUUCCGUGCAACGCUUGCCGAAGAAGCGCAAGGUGGCGGCCGAGGUGGACGGAGCGACGGAGGAUCUGCUGGUUGCCAUGGCAAUGUCCCGCUCUCUCUUGGAGGAGGAGGAGGGGGAGGCCAAACGGCUGGCUGGGAGCAGGCAGGACGGCGCUUUGCAAAGCAGGAAGCCCCGAAAAGCAGAGAAGAAGAACCGAGCGAAGCUGGGCCGGCCGCUGCCCCCUCUGCCUCUGCUGCUGCCCCAGGACCCCCAGGAGACCCAUCGGCGGAUGGAGGCUCGUGUGGCACAGCUGCUCUCCGAAGCGGAGGAGGAGUUCCCCAGCACCCCCCUGCUUCCCCCCAGCCGCCUCAUGGAUGCUGAGCUGCCCCAGAGAGCAGCUGGCCCUUGCGGCUCCUUGUGGGAAGCCAGCUCGUUGGCCAGACUGUGUCCUCCAGGGAGCUUUCAGGCCACGGACUUUGCCCGCUCUGUCUCGUUGCAGACGCCCAAGGAGGUGGGUGCCUGUGGGGGCUCCAACUCCUGCUUGCUUAGAAGGGUCCCCCCUCCCACCCUUGGUGCAGGCGGGGCAGCUGGGCUUGGGCUGUCUCUUCCUGCAGAGAAGGACAUGGUGGGAGCAGAGCUGCUGCUGCUGCUGCCUCUGGGGUGUGAUGGGGGGCCUUGGACCAUGGAGGGGGCCUCAGCAGGCCCUGAGGGAGCUGUGCCAUCCUCGGGGCCCGUCAGACCGUCAGAGAUGGAGCAAGGGCCGGCUGGGGCUGUGCUUCUUCUCCAAGGAAGCGCCUCUGGAGAUUCGAGGGAGAGGCUGCCUUGCCAACUGGGCGAUGCAGAAGCCCUGCAGGACCUGGUGGAGCUGGCGGGAGAAGGGCUGACCCUCACCCAGUGGCAGCAGGAGGGGCUGGGUCAAGGUUGGCUUUCUGGUGACGUUCUGCAGAGCAGUUUUCUCCAACCACUGGAGAAGCAGCUGCCCCAAAGGAGCUGUCCUCAAAUGCUCCCGCUUGGCUCCUUGGCUGAUGCCUUCAGGGGGAUGGUGAACAACCCUCAUGAGCGCAUCCAGUUUCAGGUGGACAGUGGGGAGCUCCUCUAUGCGCACCUGUUUGUGCUUUAUGCCCGGUGCCCACAGCUGAUGGAAAUGGUUGGCUGCGAAGGUUUCCUCGUGGCUGAAGAAGGGGGCGCAGGGACCCGCCGGGUGCUGCUGAGCGACGUGUCAAAGGAGGCCCUGGGCGUGUUCCUGACCUACCUUUACACGGCUGACGUCUCCGUCCCUCGCCAUGUGCUGUCAGAAGUGGCUGCUUUGGCCAGGAGGUUUGGAGCGACGGAGCUGGCUGGCGUGUGCCGCGGCUGCCAGCCUGGCCCGGGGGCUCCUGGAGCCGAAGAGGAGGCUGGGGAGGACAGAGCCGCCGAGACCUUUGAGGAGCUCCUGAAGUCCAUGUGGCUGGAGGAAGAAGAAGAAGCCUUGCAGGGCGGACAGCCGGAGGAAGCCGACAGCGAGGAAGUGGGCGAGCAGGAGCUGGAGCAGAUCUACGAGUUUGCUGCCACCCAGCGCAAAGCUGCCCACAAUGGGCUCGUCUUACGCAGGGAGCCGCCAACCCCAGGAAGGCGCCGCGGGAGCCUGCAGAGGACAGGGCAGCCAUGGCAGAGUGGACAGGAAGCCUCUGCCUGGAACGGUCCCAGUUGCCAGCUGCUUGCUGCUGCCAGUGGCACAGGGCCCCCCCUCAGAGCUGCCACCGGAAGAGUGCCCCAGAUGGAGGAGGAGGAUUCGGAACAACAUGAACACUCGGCAGUCCUGUUUCCUGCCACCCAGGGCAACUGCUCUGGGCUCUCUCAGCAGAGCCGUUGUGCCAAGGAGCAGAGGGGCAAUAUAGCCAGCCAAGGUCCUGCAUCUCUGGGAUUUCCUGGCCUCCUCCAGGGGCCACCGAGGGACCUCUUGCCCCUGGGAUCCUCCUCUCCCAAACGGAGGGCAGCAUUGCCCACCAGCCCCUUGGCAGUCCUCUCUCUUGUUCCGCCAGGGCUGAGCAAUCAGGGCUUGUUAUCUCCCCCUCCAAACGGCGAAUUGGAGCGGCCUGCGUGGAACAAGAGCUCAGGUGGCCGUGGGGCCUCGGAGGGCAGCCCCAUUGUGCUCUUGGAUUCUGAUGAAGAGGCAGAGCAGGCGGAGGCUGCCGUCUUGCUUGCUGGAGCGGCCCUCUCUGGGGCCUUGCAGAGUCAGUCGAGCCAAGGGGGGGCAGAUGUUUCCAGUGGGCAGAGGCCAUCCCUGCCACCCGCCUGUGAGGUGGGCCCUGGGGAGCUUUGGGACGCUGGUGGAGGAAGUCCUCUGCUUCUGAGGCUGGCCAGCAAUGGAGAAGACAGCUGGGAGGAGGCCUCCAGUUGGAGGGUGCCAGACACUCCUCUGCUGGCCAAGCCCCCCAUGGCGCCUGGGACUGAAGAGCCUGGGUCCAAAGGGGCUGCAGAGAGCCCACCCACCCACAGCUCCACUACCAGGCUGCCUCUGCUGGGGCCCCCGCCUGCCCGCAAGAAGCCUGCCAGCAGCCCCGUGGUGGUUGUGGGAGACAGUGAAGAGGAGCUUGAUUCCGCAGCCCCUUGGCCCCAGAGAAGUAGCCUUGUGCCUGGGGAGGACUCCCUGUGUCCCUUGGGGGAAGAGGGUGACAGCCUUCUGUGUCUGACAGCAAAUGCCCCAACCCCACCGGGGACUCCGCCACCAGCCUUGGGCAUGAAAAGCCCCCCAGCUAGGAGUCCCAUGGCUGGAGGAGCAACUGCCCCCCACUUAGGAGAGAGGGGUGCUUCGACAGGAGAAGACUCCGACAGCAGCGAGGUCUUUCCUCUGACCCAGAGGACGCCUGAUCUUGCCUUUGAGGCCGGGAGCGAGACGCCGAGCGCAGCUCCGCCCACCCCGAUGCCAUCUUACUCCAUCAUGGAGACCCCGAAGCUGAAGAAGGAGCUGCGCAGGUUUGGAGUCCGUGCUCUCCCAAAGCGGAAGAUGAUAUUGAAGCUGAAGGAGAUAUUUCAGUACACUCACCAAGGGGCGAGAGCCAACCCCCAGCAAAAGGCGGCUGUGGCCUCCCAGCUGACCUUGCCCCACAGCCCAGUCCAGCCGGUCCCGAGGAAGCCAAGGCUGGCCGUUGCCUCCAGCCCCGUUGGCAAGCAGCUGCCAGGAUCUGCUGAGGCUCGCCAGGGUGCUCGGGGCAGCCAGACGGUCUGCGGCUUCAGGGAUCCUUCUGGCAGAGGCCAUGAGGGGCUUGGGCAGGUCUCUGAGCCACACGCUUCAGGGCGGCCGCAGGGGACAGCCUCACUUCCAACAGGAUUUCCCCCUGGAGGAAGCACCAAGGACUCUGCACCCACGGCUUCCCAGGAGUCGACUGCGUCUUCGGGGACUGGCAGUGAUGAGUCUCUAGCGUCCCAGAGCUCUUCUUCAAUGGAGUUUGGCUUGCCGGUCGAGGAGGAAGAGGAGCACAUCCCGGCUUCUCAGGCUGCAGCCCGUGAGGCACACAAACUAGAAGCCUUGCGGCACCAUCUCGUCUCCACGCCAGCUCUUUGCCGCCAAAUCCUCCUGUACCAGCCCAUUGAGUUGGCUGGGCUGCAGGCAGAACUGAAGGAAAGCGGCGUCAAGAUUGCGAUGGGCAAGCUGAUGGACUUCCUUGACGCGCACUGCAUUACCUUUACUACUGCAGAAGCCCGGAGGGAGAAGCAACGGCACUCCAAAAAGAGGAGACGGCGGUUCUGAGAAGUUUCUAUGGGCCUCGAUGGCAGAAAUGCUGGAUCCACUCAGCUGUCUCUUACCAUUUCUCCGUGCGUGGUUUUUCCUUGACUGGAAGAGCUGUGGCAAAGACCUGACUAAGCCUUCUGCUUAGAUGAUGUGCUGACUGAACUGUGCGCCUCCAUGGGAGAAAACCGCUUUUUGGGCAGUCAGUUCAAAUCCGUAAAGAGCAGGUCCCUGGAGCGGCUUGAGGGGGAGCCGAGAGAUACACUGAAACACACUGCAGUUGCUCCAGGGCCUCCUCAUUGCAGGUGCAGCUGCUGCUGUGUCUCCGCCUGUGUUCGCUGGCCCAUUAUGGGUUGUUAGGUGUGGCUCAGCAUCCCUCUGUACCCGUUGAUCUGUGCCAACCAUUAAAGUUUUAAACGUGGGUGUAACAUGCCUGUGUAAUAAAAAAUGUUUCACUAAAAGCGAUUGG